AUGGAGGGAGGAGGAGUAGUAUCAGCUCCAUCUUUUCCAUUCUACCUGCCAGAUGAAGAAAGCUAUAUUGUAUACUUAACAAAUGUAAAUAGAAAAGAUGGUUGCAGUGCCAUCAAAUGUUGCACUCUUGCAAAACUUAUAGAGAAAUUGUCACAAUCCAUUAAUUAUGAUAAUUAUUCAGUGUCUGCAUUUUUUUUAACAUAUAAAGAUUAUACUCGACCAAUGGAGGUAUUACAAUUGCUUGCAUCAAGAUAUGCUGGCCCACCACCUGGAUCUUGUAAAGAUCAUCUUAGAAGAUUUGAAAUUGAAAUUGAAAUUGUUCAAACAAAACAAUUAAUUGGAACACUUGUUGAAAAGGAUUUUGAAGAUAAACCAUUUUCCAAUUCUGCCACUGAAUUUAUGAAUUCAUUGCCAGAGGAUGUAAAGAAUGAAAUGUUUUUAAUUUAUUACAAAGCCAAGAAAUUGACAAAGUCACCAUCUUCUCAAACCAUAGUUACUCCACCACCAAAACCUAAUAAUAUUUCAUCGGCAUCAUCGACCAUGAGAUUCUCCUAUUCAGUUAGUCCUAAAACUCAAUCACCCAAUUCAACAUCAAAUGUAUUACAAGGAUUAUUAAGUGUGAAUAGUCCUAGUAAUAGUGGAGGUAAUAGUCCGACCAAUAGUACACAUCUUCAACCAUCGACAUCAUUGGACAAUCCAAGAAGCAGUGUAAAGUUACCAAAGGGUUUCAUGUCGAAAAUACUGCCCUCUGGUAGUAGCACCAAUUUAAUGUCCUAUGCCAAUACCAGUAACCCAAAUAUCAAUGUGAAUGGUAGUAAAGAUAACAGUAGCAACAACAGCAGCAUAAGUAACAGCAGCAGUAACAAUAGUAGUAGUGGAGGUAGUUCUAGUAUAUCCAAUUCCUCAUCAGCAUCAUCUACGAAUCUUUAUAAUAAUUAUCAUGGUAUUAAUGGUCAAAAUAUUGAUGAAGAUAAUCCUUACCCAGAGAAAACAGCAUUUGCACCAGAAUAUAUUGCAAGAGAAUUAACAGUUAUGGAAUUUGAAUUAAUAUCAGCAUUAACAUUAAAUGAAUUUUCACAAAGACAAUGGAACAAGGAAAAUCAAGCUAUUAAUAUUCAAAAUUUAAUUACUUGGUUUAAUAGAAUUAGUUCGUGGGUAUCAACAAAAAUUAUUUCAAAAGAAACACCAGAAGAAAGGGCGGUUAUUAUAGAGGCAUUUAUUAAUAUAGCAAAUUAUGCAAAGGAAUUAAAAAAUUAUAAUUGUGUUAUGGAAAUUCUUGGUAGUUUACAUAAUUCAUCGAUCAGUAGAUUAAAAAAUAGUUGGGCUUUAAUAUCACAAAAAGCAAAUGAUAUGUUUCAAACAUUAAAUACAACGAUGAGCCCGGAUAUUAAUUUUAGAUUGUACAGAAAAAAUUUGGGAGCCGUUUUACCAAGCGAACCAUGCAUUCCAUAUUUGGGAUUAUUUUUGACAGAUUACACCUAUUUGGUGGAGAGCAACCCGCCGAUGAUUGGCGCCGAUGGCUCGAUGGUCAACGUCGAGCGUAUUUAUUUAAUUAGUGCGCGUAUACAAGAGUUCUUCCAGUUGUUUACCAACUGCAGCUAUGGAUUCACAUCGAUGCCACAGAUCAGAGAGGCGAUCCUCACCGAAAAGGUGUGGGAGGAAAACGAGAUCUUUAGACUGUCGAAAAUACGCGAGGAGCAGCACUCGAUAGCAAACAGUGUCGGCGGUGUUGGUGGCGGUGGGGCAGGCGCAGAUGGAAAAGGGAGUGGUGUUGGCGGAAAGGGCGGCGACUCGUCGGCGCUGAGCGGCAGCACGGUGGCGGGGUCGAGCAGCGGCAGCAGUCUCAACCUGGCAUCGUCGUUGGCGGGCGAGAAGAAGCGCAAAAACUUUGUCACCAAGUACCGCAUGUCGUUUACGGGCAACGACCCUCCACCCAGCAUUUCGCCGACGCUGUCGGAAAGAGACUGGAAGAUUUUGACGACCAAUGCCAAGACGAUAAAGUCGCCAGCAGCUUUGUUGGCGGCAACCGCUACAACGGCUCGUUUGCACCCAUCAUCUCGAUCAACAACAUCAUCCGCAAUGCCAAUGUCGGGGGUAGCAGCAGCGUCGGCAGCGCGAGCAGCUCCACGCAUAGCAGUCCCAACCACAGCCCAAGCAACAGCCACUGCUACGGCCAGCCACCCGCCUGCACGACACCCAGCGACUCAAACAGCACCGGCUCGGGCACACCAACCUCCGCAUCACCCAAGCUGCAGUCGUCGCAGUCGUCCAUGUCACUCAACGAGAACAAGCGCCGCUCCAUCGCCAUCGAGCCGAGCUCAAUGGACCUGCUCCGUUUGGGCAACGACAGUCGCUUCAUCACGACGUUCCGUCUGUCGCCCGAAGAGGUCAUUGUCAAGAGCUACACGUGCAAGCAUAAUGGUAUCACUGGCACACUCUACAUCACCAAGCAUCACCUGUGCUUUGAGGAUCUCCAAGAUCCUGCCGGAAAAGGGCGGUCUCUCGCUGACCACAAAUGGCAAGGUCAAAAAGUACUCUUUUAAAAACCAAGAUGAAGUGACCGAGGCCUACAGCAUCAUGACCAAGAUCUGGAAGAACCACUUUAACAAUGUUCGGUCGCCGGCCAAGUCGGUCUCUGCGUCCACGACCCCACCCACGCCACCCCGUUCCCCCAAGGUUGGACGCGGUGAGUCAUUUUCAGGAAUAACAGAUCUCCCGACCAAAGACGAAUGGAGUGCUAUUCUCAAAGGUGCCAAGACUGUCCAAUUUAAAAAAGGAGAGGUUAUCAUUGUCGAAGGUGUAGAGUUUCACAAGAUCUUUCAAAUUGCAAAGGGUGAAUGUACCAUUGUCAAAGGAUUGGUAAAUGAUAGUUUGGGUAGUGACAAUACAACUACCUCGACCACCUCUACUGCUACCACCACCACCACAUUAACAACACCAGUUACAUCACCGAUGAAGUCUAUUUCAUUCUCUUCGAGUUCUAGCAAGGGAUUGACAGUCCUCACCAAGUUGUCGACGGGCAGCAUCUUUGGCGAGAUGAGUUUCUUGCUACAAGGAGGUUCGCCCAUUUCCGUUAUUGUCAGCAGUGAUGUUUUGGAAGUCUAUACACUCGAAGGCUAUUUCCUCAACAUUAUCCUAAAAUCCAAACCACUCUUGGCUCCAAAAUUCUACAAAUAUUUGGCAUGUGUAUUGGAUACUCGAAUCAAACAAUACAAACAAUCGAUUUUAUAA